GUUGCAUCUAUUACUUAUGAAUAGAUACAACUCUUAAAACUAAUACAUACAUUUAAAAAAUGAAAAGUAUGAAAACACACAACUUUUGACAUUAUAAUAAAAAGACACAAAAUUAUGGAUACACACAUUGUUUCAUAAUUUGACAACCUUUUUACACUAAUAUCAGUUUUUUUUUCUAAUGAAAAUACACAACCAUUCAACGUUGGGAUUCUUAUUAUUAAUAGAUCAGCACUAGUUUUGUGAACCUUUCCUCCAAAAUAUUACUUGUUUUGAUUUUGUAUAUUAUUUACAAACACUUUGUUUAUAUGAUAUGAUGAGUUAUUUGAACUAGAUGUCUAAUUUAAUGUAAUGCUUUGAACUAGCCAUGCAGGUUUUUCUGGUUCAUCAUAAAUUUUACUGAAUUAACAAAAAAUAAAGUCCGGUUCGGUUAGUUUAGUUAGCUCAGUUAAUUCAUUUCUAGUUUUUAGUAUGGAUUGGUUGUAAAUAUUUUUUUGAGAAAAAAAUUGAAAAACUGAUUUGCCGAACUGAAAACCAAUCUAUACAAUACUAAAAGGGCUUAACCCUCAACCCUCAAGCCUCCACGUAUGACUAAAAAAUCAACAAAUAACAAAUGAUUAUUCGGCCACGUCAGCUUUAGAAGAGAUAAACGAUAUUGGGUCUAUUCAUUUGGACUUCAAUAAUCUUAAGUGGCCAUUUAAUACAUUGGGCCCAUCUCUCCUCUAAAAAAAAUUGCUCGACGCAAAGCAAUGGUUUCCAACUUUUCCACUUCUCCAUCACUGUUCCAAAUCUCUGCAACUUAGGCCGUUUCUGUGUAAUAAUCACCAUCCACUCUCACUAAUUCAAUUCUAUAAAGAUGUUAUCUUUCCACCUCCCUUUGUUUACUCUUAUAUAAACUCUUUCAUAGAAGCUUAUAUCGAACCAUAAUCUUCAUCCUCCAUUCGACAACAUCAAUCGGUGGCCCUAAAAUCUGUACAAAAUUCCGGCAAGUCUCAAGUUGCCCUAUAUUUUCAAUGACAUCUCAGCAGAUCCAUCAGAGUCGGUAUUACGAUUCCGUUUGAUUCACUUCUAUGCACGGUCCUUCUUACCUACGAACAGCAGGCCCGUUAGAGUCUGAAUUACAACUUCUACCAAACUUCUCUUCAGCUCAGCAAGUCUCCACCUCACAUUCUUUUAUGUUUAUUGCAGGAGAUAUGGGAAGACAAAGCUGGAGCAGGCGAGAGAGUUGUUUGAACAUGCUGUUUCCAUAUGCUGUAUGUCAGGACCUUAUACCUUCAGUAUGUCUCUCAAUAUGCUCAUCCAAGGUCUGUCCCAGAAUUCAAUUGGCAUAUAUAUGUUCGGGGUUGGUUAAUAUUAUGAGAGGGAGAAGUUUCUGUUACACCAAGUGGCACGAGUCUCAGGUGCAAUGUGGGAAGGAAGACACAUAUAGAGAGAAAUGCUUCGAAUCAAGAGAAGCGUCUCCGCAUGUUACACUCAGACUCAUUUCAUUCUGAUAGAGAACACGAUGCAAAAAGACGAGAUGGUAGAUGUGGAGGAGGCAAAAACUAGCUGAAUAAAGCAGGUUUGCCAGAAGAUGAAAUGGCAGCUCAUGUCCCAAUGUCUACCACAGUUACAUCAAAAGAUGGUGCAAGAAAACUAAGUCUUGUGAGCCGGUGACAGGGAAUGUGGAAGGUACUGAGCUUCCUGAAGAGUGUGAUGUUGAGUCUGUUGGAGAACAAAGUAGAGAUCUUUUGGCAAAAAAAAAAAGGGUAGAGAUCGCUCAUAAAGAAAUCCAUGAUGCUGUGUUUGGAGGACCUGCCAGAAAGAGAGGAAGACGGUAAAGAAGCUAAAGAAGGCGUUGAAAAUGGUAGCCAAGGCUUUGGGAUUGUAAUAUGCAAAACAUGAUCUUAUUAUUAUCGUGAGAAUCUAUGUACUUCUGUUUUUGUCUCAAUUCCACCAUGUUAGUUUAUUACCGAGUUCUUUGUACUCUUUCCAUUACUUGGCCUUUCACGGGAGUUACAUCUUUUGAUCUAAA